AUGAACCCCUUGGCUGAGCCUCCCGCAGAGCCCCUUUGGACUUCACGGACGCAGGACGGAGUUGUAUCCUACACGAGGCCUCUAAUAGGGUCUGAGCUGCUGAUGUUUGCUCUCCAUGAGCGCGACGAUGGGACGGCCGACGUGUGCUUUGGCCUCACCUUCACUACCGAUCUGAAGUCCAAUGUUCUCGGAGAGAGGCUGAAGGGCGCGUUGGGCUAUCUGCGCUUCAUCUCACCGCUACUUGCAUGCACCAUCGAGAAAGAUGCUGUUGACUCUGCAGUAAACCACUGGAUCUAUACGCCGGCCUCGGACUCGCAGGAAGUGGAACAGUGGGCUGCCAAUAGCUUCAAGCUGAUCGACGACGCGGUAACUCCAGACGAAUUCGUCUAUCAGAUGGUUGCAACGCGGCUUCCGUACGUCCAUCCCGACGGAACGAAGCAGUACUGGAAGAUUUAUCUGCUUCCGAACACUCCGGGCGGGAGAAUGGCGAUCUUUACCCACGGCACCCACGCCAUCUUUGACGCCCGUCCCAAUCUCAACAUGCUUCGGAUCAUCCUCGAAGAAAUCGUUCUCCAGGACAGGGACCAUCAUGUCGGUCAGCUACCGUGGGGAGAAGAGUGGAAGAACCUGGCGCCAGGGCCUGUGACUGCCACUGGAGGCCCACGCCCCGACUGGGGAACCGAGGGUAUGAAGAUUCUACGGCGCUGGAAGGCGCUGAGGACGAGUGAUAUUCCCUCUCACUCGUUGAAGCCUGCGCGGCUUGAGAUUAAGGACAUCGGGAGACAAUCCUGUAUUCAUGAAGCAAUCGAUGUAGAGACAUCAUCGCGCAUUAUCAAAGGGCUGAAACAAACUGGACACACCGUUACCCGCCUAUUCGAAGCCGCUCUGAUUAUAGCCAUGUUUGAGCAAAAUCCCGAAUUGAACGCCCCUCCAGACGAGGCGCAUGUGACGCUGGAUCUCUCCUUUAUCUCUCUCUCUCAAUAUCUAGUCCCGCCUUACAAUCAACUUUCGCACAUCACUUCUACAUCGGUCAUUGUUCCUGUCAAGGUACCGUUCACGACUGUCCAAUCUGAAACGGAUCCUCGCAAGAAGCUCUGCGCUGUCAUGGACCGCCUCAAGGCUGAGUACGACGAGUAUUUGUCGAACCCGCAUCUUCCUCAUCUCAACGCACACAUAUUCGCGCUCAAGCCAUUAACUGUGGCUCCCUCCUCGACAUGGAGAAACCCGGCUUCCCUGCUCGUCACGAAUGUCGGCUCCCUUGACCGGAUGAUACCGCUCACGUACGGUGUCAGUGCUUCGGCCACAAGCUCUCGGCCGGAGAUUGAAGUGCAAGACCUCGCGUUCCAGCACCGCUGGUCCCACAGCGCCAGACCGCUUGUACAUCUUUGGACCAUUGGCGGCAAAUUACAUAUCCAGGUCGUGGCUUCACACACAUUUCCCUUCGAAGAUGUCUCCCAUGGGUUCAUAUACAGAGUGGUCAAGACUCAGGGCGUAGUGCGCUAUGAUUACAUGCUCUCCAUGUGUCUGCAAAGACGCAAACUGAAGGGUUGGUCAGGCUACUGCGCGUGGCAUAGCCACCGCCUUUACAAACUGAUCGACCCUGAUCAUGCUCUGGGCGAGGCUGUCAAGUGCACUGAUCACCCUGCUGACGCUCAACCCGCGUACUAUGUGCUGACAGGACGGACACAUCAUACAAAUCGACUUCUGCCGGACGUGUCUGAUACUCCCAAUCACCGCGGCGUGCUGUGGCUACAGCGUCAGACAAUGCAGACGUCAAACUCUCCCUUGUCGCCGUCGUUCCCAGGAAAGGUUUGUACGACCGGCUCCGAGAAACCUGUGUGGGACGGCACGGCAUGUGCUCCACUGCCAGCUGUCACGCAUGCCGCGCGCGGAGGCGAGAUUUUAACUUUAAACCUUGGAUACGGCGCCUACCGGGCAAUUCCCAGUGCUUCCGUGAAAUGGAACCAUACAUCCGCCGCCAUUUCAGGAAAUCCGUUUGUUGUACUUUGCGCGUCGGAUUAUGUGGAUAUUCUUCGACGGCAGGACGGCUUCAUGUCAAAGAAGAGGCCUUCAGUGAAGUCUGUGCUGAGUCUUCGUGCUGAGAUUGUCCCACGAAUCACAGUACUUCUAUCUGAGAAGUGGUCGUAUAUGGUCAACAUACCUCAUGGUCCGCAGCGCCAUAUAAGAGCCAGGAAGGAUUUGGUGGGCGGGCAGGCCAUCUGCACCGUGCUACUAAGAAUGCAGUCAGCUAAUGACAAUAGUCCUAGUUCCCUGAGCUUCUCGGGACCUGAGGCGAAUCGCUAUCUGGCGCUUGCCUCUUUCACAAUCCUGUACUAUGACUAUUUCCUGACGUUAUCCAUGGAGAUCGACAACUUCUGGAAGGCACAGCACAAGGUUUCUUGGACCUCAGUCCUCUUUAUACUGAACCGGUAUCUCGCUGUGGCCGGUCAAAUCCCUAUCGCGUUCGAGUACUUUGCGGAUAUAUCUCCUCAACUCUUUCAUCAAGCAUUCUCUGCUGCGACACAAGCCGUUGUAUCAGUACCACCAGUGCUCAUUGUCGGGCAAGCCCUGCUCGUGAUCCGUACAUAUGCAUUGUAUGAGAGAAGCAAGCGCGUAUUGGCCAUCUUGCUACUAGCAUAUUCCAUGGGAGCAAUAGCCGGCAUUUGGUCGGUCACUGCGAGUAAUACAACAGGAGGUGCUCCUACAAAUUACGUCAUGACAUCAACGUGCAAUUCGCUGUUGACAGUCCGUCAAUCUAAUGGUGACAUCUGCAUGACUGCAGAUCUGAUCGCUCCCUGGAGCACGAUGCUAUUGUUUGAUACGACGAUCUUCCUUCUUACUCUAAGCAAGACGGUCAAACUGGUUUUCUUGCGAGACGGAAUCGUCUACUUCGGUACCCUCGUUAUUGUAAACGUCGUCAACAUUGUGACCUUUCUGAUUGGUAAUGUACGUAAAGCACUGUGGGCACUAGGCAUGAAGACAGUAUCUUAUACUCAUUGUCAGGACUACACGCGGGGUAUGGGGUCAACGUUGACAAAUGUGAUGGCCAGUGCUUUGAUCUCGCGACUCAUGCUCAACUUGCGUGACCCGAGCCUCAAGGGCCUGCCACAGCACUCAACACACUCACAAGCGGAUCCUCUGGGGACUAACAAGCCACACAGCACUCUGAUGUUUGGGAGGCAGACAAAAACUAAAGGUAGUGAAGUGCCAUCUACGAUGGGUAGCACUGGGCAACACACAUCGAGUGGCAUUGAAGAGUCAUCCCGCGACUCUAGUUGA